UUUGUUGGUAAUAUUUCUGUAUCUCUCGUUCCAGAGGUCAAAACUUUCGCCCGAAACAUUUAUAACCAGUUUUAUGUGAAUGUUACUUUCGUCCACUAUUACAACUAUUCUCUGGAGCAAAGCAAGUCUUUCGAAGAGAUCCGGGUUGACAUCGCCAACGAGAUCAGGGAGCGCACCGAAUGGCUGACAAAUGUUGUAGACUGGGCGGACUUCAGUCUCGUUUUUGUUCUUGUCUUCCUUUUCAUAAAGGCUCAUUUGUAUCGCAUCCGCUAUCUGACAGCCGAUCACUUUGACAACGUGUACAUCUCGUUUUACAUCAAAGACAUUGACGACAGAAGAUUGGAGAUGGGCAAGGAAACCAUCUUGCCGCUGACGAAUCGCGAGAGAAGGAAGUACGUGAGUGCGUUUUCCCUUCGCAUGGCUCGUUCGGAGAGACGGAGUUUAUUGGUGGCUGCGACCCUACUUUUAAUAUCCGGACUACAGAUGGGAUUCUACAUGAUCCUGGAUUAUUCUUUGUACCAACUUUUGUCCCUCAUACGCUACUACGGCAGGCUGGAAGCGAAAGGGCAGCUUCCUGCUGUCGUACAGAUCCAAGUUAAAGGAGAUGGAGUGAUGGCCGACUUGUACCGACAAAUGGUGACUCGAUUUGACCCCUUGAUGUCUUCUGUUCCCGAGUUCGAUACCGCACAAUGUCUGCCAGUGCCACUUCCCGUCGAUCUGGAUCGAUAUCAACGAAUUGUACUUCUAAGAGGAGUUGGGUGCACCCUGAUGAUUCGGAACCAUAUAGCAAUGCAGGAUCGAAAAUUCUUUCUUGAUGCGCUAUUGUACACAGAAAGUCAGAUAUUAAAAGACGCCAGGUAUAAUGUCGGAAUCUGUUUAUUGUUGGCUGUCACUCAAAGCUAUGGCCUUCGUCUACGGCAUGUUAUAUGCGGUUGUUACUAUCCCCAACGUGAAAAGGCGCGUGCCGUCUGGCUUUACAACCACAUCUUGAAGACCAGAGGCAGCCUUCAGAAAUUUCUUUCCAACCAAAUUCGUCGUAGGGUAUAUGGAGACGAUACAGUGGACAAGAUUUCAUUCUUGGAGCGGCUGUCUCAUCAAUCCAAGCUGAUCGCCAGGAUUCUGAAAGCUGCCGGAUAUGUAAAGAUAUACUGCGUUUGUUGUAAUGAAGCCGGGAAACCUGAGGACUACGAAAAUUUCAAGAGGUGCAGCACACCAGGUUGCAAUGGUAUUUAUUGUCUUCCAUGUUUCGAGGACAUACGGAACGUCUGUGAGCUCUGUGCAAAGCCUGUUGAAUAUGAGGAUCCGGAUUUCAGCGAAGAGAAAGACUCCAGUGAAGAGGAAGAGCGAGAAAAGAGUUACGACCACUCAGUGCAGAAAGAAGAAAGUGAUGAAGAAGACUACGAAUACCAAUAUGAUGAAGCGAAAUCAUUAGAUGAUAUUAGCGUUUCUUCAUCUUCAGAUUCCGAACCCAGAAAAAGGAAGAGGCGUCUGGCGAGUAUGGACGAUUUAGAAGACGACGACGAAGAAGAAAAAGUUUAGAUUUUAAUUCAAUAUUAUCACUCGUAAUCGAAUGUUUCAAAAGAAAAGAUUUAAUCGUAUUAUCAUGUCGAGAAUUUAAGAAAUAAGCUAAUGAUUUGUAAGGCUUGAUGUUUUGAUUGUUUGCUCUAAGUAUCUAAUGAAAAAGAUUUUUUAUUCAGUAUAAAGAUGAUUUUAAAUUAUUAGCAAUAAAAUAUCGAAAUAUUUAGAGAAUAAAUCUAAACAAUAUAAGCAAUUUAAUUGAAAUAAUUUUUAUUAAUUUCACCUACCGCUUUUUUUGUAUUUGGCAAGAAAAAAAUGUACAUUUGUAUUAAUACAGUAAAUAUGAAUAACUUCGUUUCUUGCUUUUUUAUAAGCAAUGUGCUGUGAUUACUCGUAACAGAAAAAUGUACUUACGUAUUAAUGAAGC